CACGACACCGCCAUGAAGAGUGUACCGAAGAGGACGCUUUCGCUGCUAAUGACACUUCAGUAUUAUUAAAAGCAACGAUUUAUUAGCAUUCUAUUUGAAUUAAUAUUGUACAUGCUUAGGUGAAAAAAUAUGACGUCGUUUGUACAGGACAUGAUUGCAAUAAUUGUAUUGGUGUUGUUCUGGAGGGGGCGUGUUCGUUAUGCAAGGACGCUUCUUUAGUGUGCUGUGCUUCAGUGCAGCACUUCUUUUUACUACGCUAAGAGCUUUACUGAGUGUACUAGUAUCAGUCAUUCGUGAACAUUUUAUCAAACUGGAGUUUGAUUUAAAGAUUUGUCCCAGGCAGGUAACUUUAGGAUUCAGUGGCUCAUUGACCUGCAGAAAACACACAAAUCAUCUCAUCUAGGGUUUCUGCAGUAAAGAUGGCAGCCUCUUUGCUCAGGGUAGGACGGCUCGGAUCUCUCAGGUGUCUGCAGACGGAGGGCUUGAGCUCUAUCAGAAGAGCUCCAGCUGUUGCUUUCAGCUCCAAAUCUGGGGACAGCAAGAAGUCCAAAAAGUCCAACAAAGAAAAAGCAGCACCAAAAACUUACUUCGAUAUAGAAAAACUUGUCCAGCACAAAUCAUAUGUGGAAUUCCCCAAGAAGGAGGUUGCAGCAUCAGUUGCUGCUGCUUCUGUUGCUGCCCCUCCACCUGGACCAGUUGUAACUGCCACAGCGCCUGCAGCCAAAGCCGCUGCUUCCAGAGCUGAAGCCAUUGCCCCCGCAGUUGAAGACAUUCCUGUAGUUGAAGCUGCUGCCACCGCAGUUGAAGCCACUCCAGUAGUUGAUGCCGCUGCCCCAGUAGUUGACCACGCUGCCCCAGUAGUAGACGCCGCUGCCCCAGUAGUAGACGCCGCUGCCCCGGUAGUUGACGCCGCUGCCCCGGUAGUUGAAGCCCCAGAAGUUGAAGCCGCUGCCCCAGUAGCUGAAUUAACCACCCCAGUAGUUGAAGCCGUGGCCCUUGUAGUUGAAGGUGCUGCCCCAGUAGCUGAAGCAACCGCCCCAGUAGUUGAAGCCGUGGCCCCUGUAGUUGAAGCAACCACCCCAGUAGUUGAAGCCGUGGCCCCAGUAGCUGAAGCAACCGCCCCAGUAGUUGAAGCCGCUGCCCCAGUAGCUGAAGCAACCACCCCAGUAGUUGAAGCCACUGCCCCAGUAGCUGAAGCACCCACCCCAGUAGUUGAAGCCGCGGGCCCUGUAGUUGAAGCAACCGCCCCAGUAGUUGAAGCCGUGGCCCCUGUAGUUGAAGCCGCUGCCCCAGUAGCUAAAGCAACCGCCCCAGUAGUUGAAGACGCUGCCCCAGAAGUUGAAGCCGCUGCCCCAGUAGCUGAAGAAACCGCCCCUGUAGUUGAAGCCACUGCCCCAGUAGCUGAAGCAACCGCCCCAGUAGCUGAAGCCGUGGCCCCUGUAGUUGAAGCCACUCCUGUAGUUGAAGCCACUCCUGUAGCUGAAGCCGCCGCCCCUGUAGUUGAAGCCAUUCCUGUAGCUGAAGCUGCUGCCCCUGAAGUUGAAGCCACCCCUGCAGAAGAUGCCCCUGUCCAGGAACCAAUUGCUGAGGUUGUAGAAGCUGUCAGUGAAGUAGUUGCAGAAGUUGUGGUGGAAGCUUCCCCAGUUCUAGAGGCUGUUGCUGAGGUAGUUGGAGAAUCUGUUCCCAUUGAGCCGGUCGCAGAGGCAGCUCCUGCUGAAGAGCUGAUAGAUCCUGCCCCUGUGAUCUCAGACGCUACUGAAGUUCCAGCAGAAGUUGUGGAGACGCCUGAGGCUGGAUUGGACCCCAUUCAGAAACUUUUCCUGGAUUCAAUUCGUGCAUACUCCACAAAAAGCGGUUCCGCUGGCGGUCUAGUUGAUGCCGGUCCAGAGUAUCAGAAGGCUCUCGCUGAGGAAAUAACUAAACUGCAGCGGUUGUACGGUGGUGGUGAUCUGUCUUCCUUCCCUGACUUCAAAUUCCCUGAGCCUAAAUUUGAUGACGCGUCUUCCAAGUAAAAUUCUGAUCCUCUCCUGUGCCAAUUUUGUGAAAGAAGUCUAUUAAAUGUCUUUAAUCUGUAAAAGUGAACCUUUUGUGAGACUCUUAAUACUAAAUAGCUAUUUUUCAAAUAUUCUUAUGUCUGAUGGACAAAACAACUUGUGUUAUAUAUAAUGCAUACAUGGAAGAAAGCAUAAGCUUAGCUGUGGAAUAAAUGCUUGUUGCUUUUCAUAAUGUUUGUUAGUGUAAAAUAUCUGGGAAAAGAGCUGAAUAAACUGAGCCGCACAUCUUC